AUGUGAACUAGUUCAAUUUAUCCGUUCGUAAAUUGUGAAUGGUUGGCAACGCGGCCAACAAUUCUGUUUCAAACUCUGGCAACCCUAAUGUGGUAAAAGAUGUCAUUUGCAAGUAAAUUACUGCAGUGCAGCGCGCGGCUUUGGAAUGCCGUCACACCCACACGGGGCUUCCAUAUGCUAAUGCGUCCCACGGCCAUAACCACAAGCACACCGGCUCACAGCACAAUUGUUCAGCAAUUGGUGCCCACAACAAAUACAACAUCCUUUCUGGUGCCGUUCAAUUCACUCGUACAACAAGUGGCAGGAUUCAAGGUGAAGGGACGUCUCAAGCGCCGCUGUAAGGAUUGCUACAUCGUGGUGCGUCAGGAGCGCAGUUAUGUCAUCUGUCCAACGCACCCGCGCCACAAGCAAAUGGCAAUGAAGAAACGUGACUACAAAUCCUGGAUCUUGACCCAUGCCACACAAUCCAAGGAAAGGGGCUUUUAAUGAGCAUUUGUUCCUCAAAAAGAACCUAUAUCUAUGUAAUUAGUCCACUUAUUUCUGUUUGCUUGAAUUAAAAAAAAAAUUGGUUCAAUUGACGUAGUACGAAAUCAAUACCUUACAUAAUACACAAAAAUUGCAGGCUUUACUCAUAUUUGAAAAAGCUGUCGGCUCGAGAAUUACUAAUAAAGUUUUAAAUAAAA